CGGAGGCACCCACCGAGGAUUACUUCCCUUUGCCCCUUCUCCCACCCCCCCAAAAAAAGAUCCCCUCCCCUGGCCCACCCCCUCCCCUCUUCCUUCCCCCCUCCCUCCGAACUUUCCCUCUCGCAUGCUUUUCCUCUGCACCACCGAUCGCCUCUCGGAUGCCGCUUGCCUGGAAGCUGCGCUAGGAGCAAGCGGCAGCGGUGGCGGCGGCGGCGGCAGCUCGGGAGUGCUAUGACCGGCAAACUCGCCGAGAAGCUGCCGGUGACCAUGAGCAGUUUGCUAAAUCAACUGCCUGACAAUCUGUAUCCCGAGGAGAUCCCCAGUGCGCUCAACCUCUUCUCUGGCAGCAGCGACUCGGUGGCCCAUUACAAUCAGAUGGCUACAGAGAAUGUGAUGGACAUCGGUCUACCCAACGAGAAGCCCAACCCGGAACUCUCUUAUUCGGGCUCCUUCCAGCCAGCCCCCGGCAACAAGACCGUGACCUACUUGGGAAAGUUCGCCUUUGACUCCCCUUCUAACUGGUGCCAGGACAAUAUCAUUAGCCUCAUGAGCGCCGGCAUUUUGGGGGUACCCCCGGCCUCAGGGGCGUUAAGCACGCAGACGUCUACGGCCAGCAUGGUGCAGCCACCGCAGGGCGAUGUGGAGGCCAUGUAUCCGGCGCUGCCCCCAUAUUCCAACUGCAGCGAUCUCUACUCGGAGCCGGUGUCUUUCCACGACCCCCAGGGCAACCCCGGGCUCGCCUAUUCUCCCCAGGAUUACCAAUCGGCCAAACCUGCCUUGGACAGCAACCUUUUCCCCAUGAUUCCUGACUACAACCUGUACCAUCACCCCAAUGAUAUGGGGUCCAUUCCAGAACAUAAGCCCUUCCAGGGCAUGGACCCCAUCCGGGUCAACCCGCCCCCUAUUACCCCCUUGGAGACCAUCAAGGCGUUUAAAGACAAGCAGAUCCACCCGGGUUUCGGCAGCCUGCCCCAGCCGCCGCUCACGCUCAAACCCAUCAGGCCACGCAAGUAUCCAAACCGACCUAGCAAGACCCCGCUCCACGAGCGGCCCCACGCGUGCCCAGCAGAGGGCUGCGAUCGCCGUUUCAGCCGCUCAGAUGAGCUGACCCGGCACCUGAGAAUCCACACGGGCCACAAGCCCUUUCAAUGCCGGAUCUGUAUGCGGAGCUUCAGCCGCAGCGACCACCUCACCACUCACAUCCGCACGCACACGGGUGAGAAGCCCUUUGCCUGCGAAUUCUGCGGGCGCAAGUUUGCGCGUAGCGACGAGCGCAAACGCCACGCCAAGAUCCACCUCAAGCAGAAGGAGAAGAAGGCAGAGAAGGGAGGUGCGCCCUCUGCGUCUUCGGCGCCCCCCGUGUCUCUGGCCCCCGUGGUCACCACCUGCGCCUGAGGCUUGGGCCCCCAGGGCCCCACUUUUUCCCUCCAGUGCCUCCCGGCUGCCCGCCUGACAGCAGCGGGAAAGUCGGCCACGGAGGCGCAGGGGCCGCACCCUGGCCUCUCAAUGGACGUGCGGUCUUUUGCUCCCCUUCGAUGCCCCCGUUCCCACCCUUUCACACCGGCCAGUGGUGGGGGCCAAGGCAGGAGGCGCCUUCCCCUCGCUGCCCCCCACCCCCAGCCAAGGCGUGGGGGCAGAAAGGUGGCGUCUAGCCUGCUUUGUUCAGUUCGGAUCGCCUUGAUCCAGGGGCCGCUGGGCCGCGCCGAGGACCUGAGGGGAACUGAAGGCGGGGCCGGUCCAACCCUCGCCCGACCCUAACACCUCAAGGUUCCCCCUACGUCUCCCUCUGUACCCCUUGAAGACCAGAGGAGAUAGGGGGUAAAUAGCGCACC